GUUAGCAAGUGGAAGUCGAUCAAACACCAACCUUUUAUGAGAUUGGAGUUUACGGUGAAAAAAUUGUAACUUUCAAAAUAACGCAAAAUUAAUGUAACUUAUUUAAUUAUUUGUUACCUAUACGUAUAAAGUUUUUAUGACCGUGUUGCAAUUUUUGCAAUUCUUUUGAUGGAAACGUCACAGCGCCAUGUUGUAUUCCUGCGCUGAUUGCAGGCACGAGAAAUCUGCCAACCCGUUUAUUUUUUGGGAUUAGACCCCGAGAAUAAAUCGAACUGCGAUUUUGUAUUCAAAUAUAUUUUAAUUUAUAUUUGUUGGCAAAUGUCAAACAACUUUAGUGAAUUCGAUGUAUCCCUGUUGUCGCAUUUCGAGUGUUAACUCUUAAUUUCAACUGCAGUUUAGUGCAUCCGCGAAAGUUGAAAGGACUGUGUUGUAAAAGAAAGAAGUGAUAAUUAGCCAAAAUUCCGGUCCCUACGCGCAGACGAGAAGGUGCCUACCCGCCGGGGCAGUCGGGCGAAGGAGAUAUGAACAACAAGCGCAAAAAUCGCCAAGGGCCGCCGAGGUCGCCUCGGGGCCGCGUGGUGGCGGAAGGCGUGUAUAGCAACGCGCACUUUAUGCACGCAGCCACCUCCCACGUGGGGGACAUCGUGCAGGUGCUCACCCAGUCGGGCAGCCUCUGGGAGGGCGUUUUUAAAACGUUCAGCGCCCAGUUUGAGGUGGUGCUAGAAGUAGCUCACCGCGUGGAUCAAGAAGGCGUGGUCGCUGUGGACUCUGUGGUGGAGAAGUUGAUCUUCAAGCCUCAAGACGUGGUGUCUAUUCGCGCGAAGGACUCUGACUUGGAGUACGCCACGCAUGAUGUGUUCCAGACUGAUACGGCCAUUAGCAAGUUUAAUGGCAACGGCCGUACAGCAGAAGAACGUCACUUAGAGCCGUGGGACGGUUGUGACGGCGAGGGUGGGGACGCGCCAUCUUUGAAUGGUGACGCGCGCCUCGACGAGCUCGAGUUGGACCACCGCGCUAACGGCUGGGACGCUAACGAUAUGUUCCGUAAAAACGAGGAGGUGUACGGCGUUCAUAGUACCUACGACCACUCCCUAGCAGGGUAUACGCUGCCGCUGCAGAGGAAGGACACCCAGGAUUACAGAGACGCCGAGGCUAAGGCGGAAGAGAUAGCAGCCGAGAUCGAAAGUGCGCCCUCGUACAAGGCCCGUAUUGAACUGGAGAAUGGAGAUGAGGAGGAGCGCUUUGCGGCAGUCGUGCGGCCGCAGGACGGCGCGCCCGGCAAAUAUGUUAUACCAAACAAACGAAAACAUUUGCAGGGUGGUAAAUUAGUGAAACCAGUGUCGGGCAACGGCGGCGGCUCGCCGGGCAGCGGCAAGCCGGGCAACUUCCCGCACCCCGCGCACCCGCAGCACCCCGCGCACGCCCCGCACGGGCCCCACGCGCCACACGCGCACCCCGCGCACGCCCAGCACGUCGCGCACGCCCCACAUCCCGCACACGCCCCGCACGCCCCGCCCAAGGACAAGGAGCACCGCCCCCCGCGGCACCACCUCACGCCCCCCUCUGACAGACGGCUGGAUGAUUCACCGUCCGGUGCGAGCAAUGGCGGGCUGAGCGCGGGCAACAAGAGCUACGCGGCGCAGGCGGGCGGCUACCACGCGCCGCCGCCCUUCCCGCACCACGCUCAACCACAAUCCGGCAAAAUGAAUGGUGACCCCCGAGGACCUCCUAUUACUAGACAAGGCUUCUCGCACCACCAUCAUAAUGCAAUACCCUCGGAGCCACGCGCACGGACCCAAGCGCCGCCGGAGCCGAGAGAGCCCCGGGAAUCACGGGAUCCGAGGGACCCACGGGAUCCCCGCGAUCCACGAGAUCCACGGGACCCCAGAGACCCACGAGAUCCCAGAGACCCGAGGGACUCAAGGGAGAUGCGCGAACCACGGGAACGACGUGCAGAUGAAGUGCAGGAGCUCCGCAAGUUCGGUCAGGAGUUCAAGCUGGUAUCCUCCGGUGCGCCGCCGCACCAGGUGCAGCACCAGCACCCGCAGCAUCCCCAGCACCCGCAGCACCCCCAGCACGUGCACCAGCCACACCCGCAGCACCAGCCACACCAGCCGCACCAGCCGACUGUCAACCCACAGCCACCUCAGCUACCGCCGCCCGCGCCGAGCCCGCCCGAGGUGUCAGCGAACGCGGGCGCGCCCUCAGACCCGCUGCCGAAGCGCGAGCGCCCGCCCAAGCAGCACACCCCGCCCGCCACGCACAAGCCUCCACCAGUACCGAAGCCGGAGGAACCAGUAUCCGAGGAUCAGUCGCCGUCUUCAUCAUCACCGCCAUCAUCAGCGUCUCCCGGCGUGGACCGCGCCAUCGCCACCCUCAAGAAGUCCACCCUCAACCCCAACGCCAAGGAGUUCAACCCCAGCGCCAAGCCCUUCACCCCGCGCAGCCCCAGCACACCCAACCCCAGCCGUCCGCACACGCCGGGCACGCCCGUGGGCAUGGGCGUGGGCGUGGGCAUGGGGCUGGGCGGCGUGGGCGUCAUGGGCGCUGGCGUCAGCUACGUGCCCGCCCCGCAUCCCCCUCCACACAUGUUCGCGCACCAAGUGGCGGCGGUGCCGGCGUACGCGAUGGUGGCCGCGGCCGCCGCAGCCGCGCAGCAGCCGCCCGCCUACCUGCCGCACCCGCACCCCUUAUACGGUGCCGCCAUGGGGGGCGGGGCGGCGGUGGCGGGCGCGGCGGGGCAGCACGCCCCCUUGCCCGCACAACAGCAGAGAAAUUUCAGAAAAGGUGUGCAAGUGGCCGCGGCGACUGGGCAGCCGCUGCUGGCGCCGGCGCCCAUGCAGCCCUUCGUGCCCUACCCCCACCCGCACCCCCACCCGGCGCACCCCGCGCACCCCGCUCACCAGCCUCAGCCGGCGCUGCAGUACCAACAUAUGAUGAGAAUGUACGGGGGCGGAGUGGCCCCCGGCGUGGGCGUGGCGGCCGGCGUGGGCGUGGGCGGCGGGGUCGGCGUGGGCGAGGGCGCGGCGUACGCCCCGCAGGCGCCCUCCCCCGCGGCCGCGUCCCCCGCGCUCUACCCGCCGCCCUCGCCCGCGCACACGCCGCACCCACACCCCCACCCCCACCACCACUACCAGCAGCCGCCCUUUCAGGCCAGUCCUAUGGUACUAUGCCCUCUGAUGGGUCCGGGGUCGCAUCACCACCACCACCACCACCACCCGCACGUGGCGUACCUCAACCACGCGCCGCCCACCGCCUCGCCGCCGCACCACCCGCUGCCCCACCCCCACCCCCACCAGCUGCAGGGACAGCAACAACAAGCGCUGAUGCCGCCCCCGCACCAGCCCAGCGGCGGGUCCUCCACCCCGGGCGGACACACGCACCCCUAACCUGCGCCUGCGCCCUCGCCGCGCGCCCGCACACACCGCGCGCGCACAGACACCCCCCCGCCGUGCUAGGCCUCCGCACACCCCACACCUCCCAGACCAC